AUGCCUAAUUUACUUAAUCUUCUUCCAUCAGAAUUAAUACCAUUUAUAACGAAGCAUCUUCCAAUUCAAGAUCUUAAAAAUUGCUCGCUAAUUGACCCUAAAUCCUAUCACGGUAGUAUCAGUAAAGCACUUGCCAAAAAAAUGGAUUUAUAUAUUUCUAGAGAAUAUGGAUCAAGAUAUCCUGCAGUAAAAGACCUUGGUAUUGGUGCGACAAAUGCUGGCGAGAAAGUGAUGAAGAGGGGUUGGAUUGAUAGAGAAAAAGUUUCCGUUACUUUGCCAAAUAUCUUUGAUGAUAUAGUACCACCUUCAUAUUUGGGAAUAGAUACAGCAAAUUUUGUAGUUGUUGACAAGCCUGAAUAUGAUUUGGUUUUAGGACAUGUAUGGUUAAUGCAUACAGGAUAUCAAGUUGACAGGUACAAAAAACCACCACUAUAUAUUAAUAGACCUAAAGAUAUUGAAGAACGAGAAUUAGAAAAAUGCCAAUAUCACUUAAGAAAUGAUAUUUGGGAAUUACCUCUUUCAUUGCAUACAUUCUACAAGCUAUUAUUCCCUAAAUUUAUUGCAGUGGAAUCAGAUGGAGAAGCUAUAAUAACCAACUUUUCCAAACAUAAACGCGACUUCGAUGGUCUAAAUGAAUAUUACGAUUCAGAAUAUUCUGAAACAGAGUCCGAAUUUAGCGAUUCUGAGGCUGACUCUUCUAAUUCUGAUUCAGAAGAUGAACCUCCUCCACUUAUAAGAGGAUCGAUUCAACAUGAUGAUUUAAAUCCUCCAGAUUCUUUUAUUACUGAAUUUAAUAAUUAUCUUAGACAGGCUGGCAUAUCUAGUCUUCCUCAUUUUCAUAAUUCGUGGAUUAUAUAUAAUGUCGAAGAAAAGCCUCCUAUGGAAACAUCAAUUGAUCCUGUUGAAUUCUUGGUUCUUAGAUCAGAUUGGCCUGGACCUGAUCUAAUGUCAUAUAAAAAAUGGAAACAAGUAAAAGUUACUGAAAUUUUUGUAUCUGAUGAUCCUGAGCAUGAAAAUGCACUGAUAUUAGGUUGGCCAUGUGUUGCAAAAAAUCAAAUUUGGAUGGAAAUUUAUAUGCAAUUGGCUAAUCAAACUUUUG